GUGCCUGCCAGCGUCCUGCUCCUGAGGCAGAGGUGCGGGAAAAACACAUUCAUGGGAAUGUGUCGCCCGGACGAGACUCAAAUAAUGCCUGAUAAUGAUGUGGAACAAAUCAACGGUGUACAUGUUUCACCUCUGUUAGAUAGGAAAGGGGGAGGAGAGGGAGGGAGGGAGAGAGAGACAAAGAGAGAUGGAUGGAUGGGCAGGAGAGAGGAACCCCACAGAGAUCUUAUUACAGAUUCAUUGAGAAAUGCCAGCCUGAAAUAGAAGACUACAUGUCCAGAAUAUGAAAGUAUUGACAGGCAGUGAGUCUUUGCUCCAAUUGGUAGUGAGUAUUUAUGCUGUUAACAUUUGCCUAGACUGUAUGUCUCACUCUGGACCUUAAGAUCCUGACACACACCCAUACACACACACACACACCCGUACGUGCACAUAUGCGCCCACAUAUGCGUGCACACACACACAUGUGCACACACAUGCACACACCCCUGCACACAUGCACGUAUGCACACACACAUGCUCGCACACACCCACACACACACACACACACAUGCGCACAUACACGUACACACCCAUACGCACACACGCAAAUACACACACACGCACACGCGCACACACACAAGCUUGCACACGCACACGCACAUGCACACAGACACACAUACAAACAAACACAGAAACACACACAGAAACACAGAUGCACCCACAGGCACACACAUGCACAUAUGCACACACACACUCACACAAGCACACACACACACACACACACACACACGCAAACUCCCACAUUCCCACGCCUUGUUUUCCACAGAGGCCCCCGGCGGUGGACAGGUGUGAAUAUAAAUAGCUUUCAUUCUUUCAUGCGCUACGUUCUUCUGCUCUAAGUCGCAUGUUUCAAUCGAGAGAAAACAAAAAGGCGUAAUGAAGAAUGAUGGCGAACAGCAUUCACUCAUUCAUGUGCUCUUACCGAAUUCCACUUUUACUUUCUGCUAUGGGUAACUGUUUAUAUGUGAUGCACAUACACGUGGUACUGUGGCACUCAGUUGUUUGAGUUUCUUCGUGUGACACAGCAUGCACACAACCUUUCAAGCUGUGACGGGGCAGGCUGAGGGAAACUGAAUCUUUGAAGCACGUUUUACUCUUCAGAUGCUCUUUAAAUAGAAGAAGAAAAAAAAAAGAUUUCUAAACGUUCCUGCUGGUCCUUGAGAACUUUCAAUGAAACGUGCUGCUCACCCAAGUGAGUUGGUGUGUGUUGCUGUACGCCCAAAAGAAAGCUCAUGUUCUCCGUAUAGGUGAAAAAUUAUGUUUUUACCUUUUGCUAAGCUGCAGGAAUUUUACUGGUGUCUAGGAAGUUGAAGUGCUUCGUGUAAUCAAUUCAAUCAAUGCUGAUCUGCAUGUAGAAGGUGAAACACAUUCUACACUGGGUAGAUGUAGUUGGUAUAUGUGAUCCUGCUGAUAUCGUCUGUCCAUCCACAUUUUGUUUCUACGCAGACAUGACUCACCAAGUACAGCUGCACACUCCCCCUAGUGAUGAAUGUACGCAAAUACAUCCCUUUUUGUUGGGCACAUCCUGUAACUGUAUAUAUAGAUAUAUAUGUGUAAAUAUAAUAUAUUUAUAUAGACUGUAUAUUUAUAUGCUUAUUUGGAUUCUUUUAAAAACAUCUGUAUUAAACAGGAAAGUGAAGA